AUGAAGUAUGGUACAUGCAUGUGAUAUUGUCAACAUUUCAAGGCUACAUCUCUCUUGGACUUUCAAGAAGCUUUAUAUAAAGGCUUUUUGGUCAAAUCUCUCUUAGACUUUCAAGAAGCUUGAUAAGGCUUCUCUCUCUCUCUCUCUCUCUCUCUCAAUGGAGAUUGAGAAUCGCUCAAAAGCAUCAACCAAACGCUCCAAGGCUAGCUCCUGUCAGUCGCCUACGCUCGUCGUCUUAUUCACCUUGACCCUGCUUCUAGUUCUCAUUCUCUUCCACAUCCAGUCUUUUGCAUUUACUACUCCUUCCGGUUCUACUUCUUGGGAAUUCUUCAAAGAAUGGACGGCGGUCACGGUCGACUCCACCGCGAACGACGAUUGGUCCGAUAGACUCGACAACCAAACGGCCAAGCUCCGAGAGUCGGUCACUUUCCUCCCUCUCAAGGACCUGAGAUACGCCGACGUUGAGGCUGCCAUGUCCGGGAACACUUGGUUCAUGAGCUCGUUAAGCGACACCGUCGAAGAGGACGAAGCGGAGUACCUCUAUUUCCCUUCCCAAGCAUCCAAGGGAAGGAUCUUAUGCAUCAAGGGGCGGGACGGCAAAGAUGGAAGCAAAAACUCUUAUGCUUUGACAUGGCCUGAGAGCCUUCCAGAAUCAGCCACUCUCUUGAAGGGCCUGACCUUCGUAUCAGACACCUACUAUGACUACGUGAAUCUGUGGCAUGGGUUAUAUGCAGUGGCGCCUUUUGUUGGGUGGUCAAUGAAGAACCAAUGUUCGAAGCCAGCAAGGUGGGUAUUGUUCCAUUGGGGUGAGCUCAGGAGCAAGAUGGGGGCUUGGGCUCAAAACCUCAUGCGAGCAACAUACGGAGAUGUCGCCGUUGAAGUCUUCGGAGGAGGAGGGGAUGGGCCUCACUGUUUUGAGAGGGCGGUCGUGAUGAGGCACAAUAUUGGGAAAAUGGGGGACAAGAAGAAGUUGCAAGUUUCUGAGCAGCUGAGAUGCAAGGCAAGAGAGUUUUGCGGGAUCAAAACUAAUGGUAAACGCGAGGAGGUGAACGAGGGAGGGGAGCCGAUCGUGAGGCUGACUUUGCUCAUGAGAAGAGGCUCGAGAUCAUUCAAGAACGCGUCGGCCGUGGUUAACGUGUUUGCUAGGGAAUGUGAGAGGGUAGACGGAUGCGCCCUGAGCGUUGUUCAGUCGGAAGAUCUGAGCUUCUGCGACCAGGUGCGAGUAAUGACUCACACAGACAUUGUUGCGACCCCGCACGGCGCACAGCUGACAAACAUGCUCUUCAUGGACCAGGGCAGUAGGGUAAUGGAGUUCUUCCCCAGAGGAUGGUUAGAGCUCGCGGGCAUCGGCCAACAUGCUCACCAUUGGACGGCGGAGCUGUGUGGCAUGAUACACGAGGGCGCAUACUGGGAACCGCUGGGGACCAAAGAUUGCCCGAACCCUCACCAGGAUCUCGAUUGCUUCUUAUUCUACAAAGAUGGCCAGGUGGGUCACAAUGAAACAUUCUUUGCCGAGUGGACAAGAAACGUCCUCAGCCGAGUCAGAGAAAGCAAACUGGAAGAAGCCAAGAAGCGUUUGCAGCCUAAGACAACCACCUGUGUCUGCUAGAAUUUCGAUUUGUCAAUCACCAGUAAAAAGUUUACCGGCACUCCUCCCCUUUGAUCUCUCUCUCUCUGUGUCGGGGGGAAGUCCGAUUGUUUCUCGUUCAGCAAAAGGUCAACAGGCAGAGUGCCCACUGUAAGAGAAAUGUACACAUGCUAUCAUGUAAAAGGAAGCAAUGAACAUGCACUUUUGCCAUUUCAA